AUGUGGGCCCCCAGCCACCGGCACCUCUGUCUGGCCUUCCUGCUGGCCUGUGCUCUCUCUGUCGUCUUCUUCUUCCACAUCCACGAAGCCCUCCUUUACAGAGGCCUGGACCUUUUAGCCCUGUGUUCGUGUGGCGAGACAUCCCCGGUGGCCAUCGUCUGCCUGUCAGGCACGCCGAAGGCCCCCAACGCCUCCGUCCCCUGUCCCAAGCACCCCACCUCCCUCUCGGGAACCUGGACUGUCCACCCGGAUGGCCGGUUCGGUAAUCAGAUGGGCCAGUACGCCACCCUGCUGGCCCUGGCCCAGCUCAACGGCCGCCGGGCCUUCAUCCUGCCGGCCAUGCACGCCACCCUGGCCCCCGUGUUCCGCCUCUCCCUGCCGGUGCUGGCCCCCGAGGCAGACAGGCGCACGCCCUGGCGGCAGCUGGAGCUCCACGACUGGAUGUCGGAGGAGUACGCCCACCUCAGGGACCCGGUGCUGAAGCUCACCGGCUUCCCCUGCUCCUGGACCUUCUUCCACCACCUCCGGGAGCAGAUCCGCCAGGAGUUCACCCUGCACGACCACCUGCGCGAGGAGGCGCAGAAGUUCCUGAGUCAGCUCCGCCUGGGCCGCACCGGAGACCGGCCGCGCACCUUCGUGGGUGUCCACGUGCGCCGGGGGGACUAUCUGCACAUCAUGCCCCAGCGCUGGAAGGGUGUGGUGGGGGACCGUGCCUACCUCCAGCAAGCCAUGGACUGGUUCCGGGCGCGGCACGAAGCCCCCAUCUUCGUGGUCACCAGUAACGGCAUGGCCUGGUGCCGAGAGAACAUCGACGCGUCCCAGGGGGACGUAGUCUUUGCAGGCAAUGGCUAUGAAGGGUCCCCGGGGAAGGACUUUGCCCUGCUCACACAGUGCAACCACACCAUCAUGACCAUUGGCACCUUUGGCUUCUGGGCCGCCUACCUGGCAGGCGGAGAUACUGUGUACCUGGCUAACUUCACCCUGCCCAGCUCCAGCUUCCUGAAGAUCUUUAAGCCAGAGGCUGCCUUCCUUCCUGAGUGGGUGGGCAUUAACGCAGACUUGUCUCCUCUCGGGUUUGAGUUUUUCUAG